AUGGAUCAUGGAUUAAAUGCACCUUAUGGAUACUAUGGGAAUUAUAUCUCAACUACAAAAUAUAACUUUGCAACUUUCUUGCCCAAGUUCUUAUUUGAACAAUUCAGUAAAUAUGCUAAUUUGUUCUUUUUAUUUACAAGUAUUAUUCAACAAGUUCCACAUGUGUCACCUACCAAUAGAUUUACAACUAUAGGGACAUUAAUUGUUGUGUUGUUGGUUUCAGCAAUUAAGGAAAUUAUGGAAGAUAUUAAAAGAGCAAAUGCAGAUAAACAAUUAAACAAUACCAAAGUUCAGGUUCUUGAUGCUGAGUCUGGAUCAUUUGUAUGGAAAAAGUGGAUUAAAGUUCAGGUGGGGGAUGUUGUGAAAGUCAAUAACGAAGAACCAUUCCCAGCAGAUUUAUUAUUAUUAAGUUCGUCUGAACCAGAAGGGUUAUGUUACAUUGAAACUGCUAAUUUAGAUGGUGAAACUAACUUAAAGAUCAAACAAGCUAAAACAGAAACAGCAUAUUUAGUCAACCCUCGAGAUUUGCUUUCUGAUUUACAUGAUGCGGAAAUCGUUUCAGAACAACCAAACAGUUCAUUAUACACUUAUGAAGGUAAUUUACGUAAUUUUAGAAAUGGAUCUGUUAGGGAUAUCCCAUUUACACCCGAGCAAUUGCUAUUACGUGGUGCUACCUUGAGAAACACUCAAUGGAUUCAUGGGGUUGUUAUUUUUACUGGACAUGAAACAAAAUUAAUGCGUAAUGCCACUGCUACACCUAUUAAACGUACUGAUGUUGAACGAAUUAUUAAUUUACAAAUCAUUGCUCUUUUCUGUGUGUUGAUUACCCUUUCUUUGAUUUCUACCAUUGGAAAUGUGAUUAAGACAAGAGUUGAUAAUAGUAGUUUGGGCUAUUUGUAUAUGGAAGGAACCUCCACUGCCAAGUUAUUCUUCCAGGAUAUUUUAACCUUUUGGAUUUUAUACUCAAAUUUGGUUCCUAUUUCAUUGUUUGUUACUGUGGAAUUAAUUAAAUAUUACCAGGCAUUCAUGAUUGGUAGUGAUUUGGACAUGUACUAUGAAGAAACUGAUACUCCAACAGGGGUUAGAACAUCGUCUUUGGUUGAAGAAUUGGGUCAAAUUAACUAUAUUUUCAGUGAUAAAACGGGAACAUUAACUAGAAACGUUAUGGAAUUUAAAGCUGUGUCUAUUGGAGGAAAAUGUUAUAUUGAAGAAAUCCCAGAAGAUGGGUAUCCACAAAUUGUUGAAGGUGGAAUUGAAAUUGGUUUCCACACAUUCAAUGAAUUGCAUCAAGAUUUGAAAAACACAAACACUCAACAAUCAGCAAUAAUCAACGAGUUUUUAACACUUUUAAGUACUUGUCAUACCGUCAUUCCUGAAAUUACCGAAAGUGAUAAAAUUAAAUAUCAAGCUGCUUCUCCUGAUGAAGGUGCUUUAGUUCAAGGUGCUGCUGAUUUAGGGUACAAAUUCAUCAUUCGUAAACCAAGAUAUGUUACGAUUGAAAAUACCUUGACUACGAUGCAAUCGGAAUAUGAAUUGCUUAAUAUUUGUGAAUUUAAUUCUACAAGAAAGAGAAUGUCUGCAAUUUUCAGAUGUCCUGAUGGUGUUAUUAGAUUGUUCUGUAAAGGUGCGGAUACGGUUAUUUUGGAAAGGUUACUGGAGGACGAACCACAACCAUUUGUCAAUUCCACUAUUAGACAUUUAGAAGAUUUUGCAGCCGAAGGGUUACGUACAUUAUGUAUUGCUCUGAGAAUCAUUUCUGAAGAAGAAUAUGAAAGUUGGUCAGCCACUUAUUAUGAAGCAUCUACAAGUUUAGAUGAUAGAUCCGACAAAUUGGAUGCUGCAGCCGAGUUAAUUGAAACUAACUUAUUCUUGCUUGGUGCAACUGCAAUUGAAGAUAAGUUACAAGAUGGAGUUCCUGAAACUAUUCACACAUUACAAAAUGCUGGUAUUAAAAUUUGGGUCUUGACUGGUGACAGACAAGAAACUGCUAUUAAUAUUGGUAUGUCGUGUAAAUUGCUCAGUGAAGAUAUGAAUUUGUUAAUCAUUAACGAAGAAACCAAAGAUGGUACCAGAAUGAAUUUACAAGAAAAAUUAACUGCUAUACAAGAUCAUCAAUUUGAUAACGAAGACGGUUCAUUUGAAUCUACCCUUGCGUUAAUCAUUGAUGGUCAUUCACUUGGCUUCGCUUUAGAAUCAGAUUUAGAGGAUUUGUUUAUUGAAUUAGGAAGCAGAUGUAAAGCUGUUGUUUGCUGUCGUGUAUCACCAUUACAAAAGGCAUUAGUGGUCAAAAUGGUUAAACGGAAAAAGAAGAAAUCAUUAUUAUUGGCGAUUGGUGAUGGUGCCAACGAUGUUUCGAUGAUCCAAGCAGCCCAUGUUGGUGUUGGUAUCAGCGGAAUGGAAGGUAUGCAAGCAGCAAGAAGUGCCGAUAUUUCCAUUGGUCAAUUCAAGUACUUGAAGAAAUUAUUAUUAGUUCACGGAACAUGGUCAUAUCAACGUAUUUCCAAUGCAAUCUUAUACUCAUUCUACAAGAAUAUUACCUUAUAUAUGACACAAUUUUGGUUUGUGUUCACAAAUGCGUUUUCAGGUCAAUCUAUCAUGGAAUCUUGGUCAUUGACAUUCUAUAAUGUCUUCUUUACUGUUUUACCACCAUUUGUCCUUGGUGUAUUUGAUCAAUUUGUUAAUGCAAGAUUGUUAGAUAAAUAUCCUCAAUUAUACCAAUUAGGUCAACAAAGGAAAUUCUUUAAUGUUGCAGUAUUUUGGAGUUGGAUUACCAAUGGAUUCUAUCACAGUGCUGUGAUAUUUUUGUGUUCGUUUUUGAUUUAUAGAUAUAUGAAUGUGUUAUCUACAGGGUUGACUGCCGAUAAUUGGUCUUGGGGUACUGCAGUGUAUACAACGUGUACAUUGACUGCAUUGGGUAAAGCAGCAUUAAUUGUUUCAUUGUGGACAAAAUUUACGUUAAUUGCAAUUCCCGGUUCAUUUAUUUUCUGGUUAUUAUGGUUCCCUAUUUAUUCCACCGUGGCACCAAUGACUAAAGUAUCGCAGGAAUUACGUGGGGUAUUAAGAGCCACUUAUCCAUCUAUUACUUUCUGGUCAAUGAUAUUUGGAGUUGCUGUGUUGUGUUUAUUAAGAGAUUUCGCAUGGAAGUUUUAUAAGAGACGUUAUUCACCUGAGACCUAUCAUUAUGUUCAAGAAAUUCAAAAGUACGAUAUUCAAGAUCAAAGACCAAGAAUGGAAGAAUUCCAAAGAGCGAUUAGAAAAGUUAGACAAGUUCAAAGAAUUAAAAAACAGAGAGGUUUUGCCUUCUCGCAAGUUGAAGGACAAGAUCAAGAAAAGAUUGUUAGAUUGUAUGAUACUACUAAAAAGAGGGGAGUUUUUGGAGAAUUGAGUGAGAGUACAUAA